AUGGCCCCAUCUAUGUACAGCAAGGACGAGAAGGUCCUCUGCUUUCACCAUGAGAUCCUUUACGACGCCAAGAUCCUAGAUGUUCGUCACAAGGAUGCCAACGACAAGAAGAGCCCCUUUGAAUACCAAGUUCACUACAAGGGCUGGAAGAAUACCUGGGAUGACUGGGUCCUCGAAGAUCGUCUUCGGAAACACACUGAAGACAACCGCGAAUUGGCUAACAACCUUCGCCGUGAAGCCGAAGCUUCAUUCCGUCUGAAGAACACCAAAGCUUCCGCAAAGAAACGCGGUGGUUCCGACCGUGACUCUGUGCGGGAUAGCGAGGAGCGCGGGGCCUCCGUGCCUGGUCGCGGCACUAAGCGAGCCCGUGACAAUGACAUCGAAAAGGAAGAGAGUUUCAACACCCGCCCCUCUGUCCGCAUUGUGAUGCCAGACAAUCUGAAGUCGCUGCUUGUUGAUGAUUGGGAGCAAGUCACUAAGAACCAAUGCGUUGUUUCGUUACCUGCAAAGUACCCCGUGCGCCAGAUUCUCAAGGACUGGCAUGAGGAGGAGGAACCCAAGCGCUCGGGCUCCUCGGCCGAUGAAGAUGUCUUGGAAGAAGUAGUGGCUGGCUUGCAGGAAUAUUUCGACAAGUGUCUUGAUAAGAUCCUACUAUACCGUCACGAACGCCAGCAGUACCGCAACCUACGGAAGAAGUUUGAGGCGGCCACUGGUGACCUCGCAGACAAGGGACCUAUCGAUGUUUACGGCGCCGAGCACUUGAUUCGUUUGUUCAGUACUUUGCCCGAGCUUAUCGCUCAGACAAACAUGGACAUGCAGGCCACCAACCGGCUGCGCGAGGAGAUUUCCAAGCUGUCAAUGUGGUUGAGUAAGAAUUCGGAGAAGUACUUCGCGACUGCUUAUGUCGUCGCGGAAAGCACCCACUGA